UCGUAUCUUCAAGUUCGUAGCAAUUGCUGCGAAUUUAUGUAAAUUUCUGGCCCUCGAUAUCGCGUUCGCAACUGUUCUUCAAAUAACCCGCCGGCACGCGGCGUCUUCUCUGCGUGUUCGAUUGAAUGGUCUCAUUGCUUUUCAGAGAACAUGAUUUGGUAUGCUCUAAUGGUGGAUUCGUGAUUAUACACAAGCAGGACAAAUCAAAAGCGGCCCUUGCACAUUCGUUUUGAUGCGAACAUCCUACUUCUUGCAACGUUUCGCUCUCCACCACUCUCACCGUUCUUCUUCCUUCUCAUUCCGUUCUAUCUGCAAUUCCUCGCCGUUUUCCUCAUUUGAUUCCGGCACCCCACAGCAUCACCAGCAGCAACAGCAGCAACAGCAAGAAUGUGACGGUCACGGCACCCCUCAAAUUGGAACCCAUUUUCUGUUGCGACCACUUCCAUCUGCUACCAGUUGUUCGAGACGGUCCGUUUUAUUGGGCUUGAAUUCCUUGGACUCUAAUCGUGGUCGUCCUCUUCUUAACCAUCAUUACGCUUUCCAUCGCGGAUUUUUCACUAGAGCUAAGCCCGUUCAGAGAAUUGAAUUCAAUGAUUAUCAUAGUCAACGAGCGGUUACCACUGCUUUAUGGUGCAAUUUCCUUGUCUUCUCUCUGAAAUUUGGGGUUUGGUUUUCCACAUCAAGCCAUGUCAUGUUGGCAGAAGUUGUGCACUCUGUUGCCGAUUUUGCAAAUCAGGCGCUUCUUGCUUAUGGUCUGAGUAGCUCAAGGCGUGCCCCUGAUGCAAUCCAUCCUUAUGGAUAUUCUAAGGAAAGAUUUGUUUGGUCAUUGAUAUCUGCUGUUGGGAUCUUUUGUCUUGGUUCGGGUGCUACCAUUGUUAAUGGAAUUCAAAAUUUAUGGACUUCACAGCCUCCUGCCAAUAUUCAUUAUGCAGCUUUAGUGAUUGGUGGUUCGCUUAUUAUCGAAGGUGCUUCCCUGGUUGUUGCCAUACAAGCUGUCAAGAAAGGUGCUGCUGCAGAGGGAAUGAAACUGAGAGACUAUGUGUGGCGUGGUCACGAUCCCACAUCUGUAGCAGUUAUGACAGAGGAUGGUGCUGCAGUCACUGGUCUUAUUAUUGCUGCUGCAUCUCUUGUUGCAGUAAAUACCACUGGGAAUGCAAUUUAUGAUCCCAUUGGUUCCAUUGUAGUUGGUAACUUGCUUGGAAUGGUGGCCAUAUUCCUCAUCCAGCGUAAUCGGCAUGCUUUGAUCGGUAGAGCAAUGGAUGAAAAUGAUAUGCAGAAAGUUCUCCAAUUCUUGAAGAACGAUCCAGUUGUUGAUGCUUUAUAUGAUUGCAAAAGUGAGGUAAUAGGACCAGGAUUUUACAGAUUCAAGGCAGAAAUAGAUUUCAAUGGAGUCGCAGUGGUGCAAAAUUAUCUAAAUAGGACUGGACGAGAAGAGUGGGCUAAAGAGUUUCGACAAGCUGCGAAGGACCAGAACGAUUCAGCUUUGCUCAAAAUGAUGUCGAACUACGGUGAAGAAGUGGUUACUGCUUUAGGAAGUGAAGUGGAUAGGCUUGAGAAAGAGAUUCAGAUGCUGGUUCCUGGCAUUCGGCAUGUUGAUAUCGAGGCCCAUAAUCCUACUGGGCCAUCUGCAUGAAUCACAGGCAAGAUUUUUUUUACUACGAUUUGUCAGAAUUAUUGCUUUUGAUCGAUCCUUAGUGAAGGCUUAAGCCUUGCCUUGCCUAUUAAUUUUUUUCGCGUGUACUACUUAAAGAGAGUUUCCACGGACUGAAAGAGCUAAAACCGUUGCCUGAAACUGUCACUACUUGGAAGCUCGUAGGAAACUCAUUCAUUUAUUAUGUAUCGGUGAACGGCGUAUACUUUAGUCUCGGUGGUUGAGAUGGUUUCGUUUCGAAAUUGUUAUUUUGAGCCUAAUUCAAAGCUUUCUUUUUUUUUUC